CCAGACUAGCUUCGGGAAGAGCGCCUGAAUUAGCAUCUGUGUUAAAACGACCAAGCGCGUUUUACAUUUAUAUUUCCGUUCCGUUGUAAACCCUUUCCUUUGUGUUUUCGGCUUAUUGUAGCGAUUCUGAUUUUGAACGCGUUUGCUUCAUUACCUGCGCGCUAAUUAUUUUGACAACUGUACUAAAAUAUCUCUAUACAAGAAACAGGAAAGCGAAACUCAGUGAAUACCUGGCAACCCUAGGCGUUAACUUCAGUUGUCGGGUGCCACACUGACAGUUCUUCAGUUCCCUACUAUUACUUACUUAUUUGUACAUUUUAUGUGACUUUGGAGCUUAAUGGAUUCCUACAAACGCUUCAAUGACGAUAAUUACAAACACUGGCUGCAGGCUGCUGAGAGUCUGUACAUACUGAGGAGCCACAUUCAGGAGUUUGUGGAAAACGAAACCGAAACCUAUCACAAGUCUCUUCUGGGAAAGUUAAAGGAUCAAGUUUGUGAAUCAAAAUGUAGUCUCCUUAAAUGCUCCCUAAAACUAAAGAAGUUUCCAAUUUGUGAUAAGUGUCAGCUGUGGAAAAAUGCGAUCUUGGACAAUCAUAAUCAUAAGGGUAUUGACAUUCCCUGGAAUAACUGCCAGCCACAUCUGUGGCCUACAGACAAAUGGGAAGUGGCCAAGGUUUAUAUGAUACGUGGAGUAAAAAGUCAUCGCAGUUUUGAUCAGUUUGACAUUUCCUCCAUUCUGAACUUAAUGUAUCACUGCAAGUACUUUACAUCCUUUACAUCAGGCCAGAAUCUAACCAAGGUCAUCAGUGUGAGAAACAAGGUGAUGCAUUCCCCUGACUUCAGUUUAAGCAAAAAGGAGAUGACUGAAAGUAUAAACAGUGUUCUAGAGCUGGCUAAGAGUCUUGAGAAACAUGCACCUGGAUUAAAAACCAUAUCAGAAAAGAUACAGAAGUUCAAGAGCAUUUUGAAGAGAUGUAGUAGGCAGGUUUCAGAGUGUACAGAAGACAGCAAGAAUGAAAGUCUAAAGCUGCUAGACAGAGAGCAACAUGCCCUGAAGGAGAAGAUUGAGUUCCUGGCCCAGUGCUAUGAAGAUGAUCAAGGCACAGAGCUCAAAGAAGAGCUGCAGGGCAUGAAGAACUUUCUGGAACAAAACAAAGAUUUGCUGGAGAACUUGGGCCCUCAAAUGAACCGGUUCAAUGAAAUCCAUGAGAAGGUGAAAGAGCAUGAGAAGGAAAUCAACAAACUGAACACGCAAGUGGACUUCCUGCUAAACUUUUCACCUGACCCAACGUUCACUGGAGAUGCAUAUAAAUAUAAGAAUCAUGUGUUUGAAGAGGCUCGAAGAAGGAACAUGGCAGAACCUGAAUUUAUGGAAGAAAGUGAAGCUAGUGGUUACAGGGGUAUUGUGACUGUGAAUGGGCGUACAUUUAGAGGUUUGCAGGUUUGUCAAAAUAAAAAAAACUCCCACCAAGAGGUUGCUAAGAUAGCCCUGGAGUACAUGAAAUCCCACCCUGAUUGGAAAGAAGAGACAGUUGAAACCUUAUCAUCAAUAUCCUCAUCUACAGCAUCGUCAACAAGCAACACAUAUUAUGGUAUUGUGACUGUGGAUCUUAAAAAACAAGAGGUUGUGUCUGAUGGUUGUGAUCAUGAGCAGGAAGCUACUGAAUCAGCUUACAGGAAACUAGCCUGUCAGUUUGGCCUGAGGUCUCUUGAUGCAGGCAAUACUUUUAGGACAGCUGUCCUGGAGCAUUUUCAGAGGUGUAAUUUCCCGACCCCAUUCGAACUACCAGUUCACCAAGAGGAUAAGUUCUUUUGCAAACUACAGAUCAGUGGGCGUUUCACCUUUUACGACAAAGAUGGUUCCUCAAAGAAGAAACAGGCAGAACAGCAGGCAGCUAAAGUGGCCCUGCAGAAUUUGUCAAUGAUUCUUAAUCGUAGGUCUCUGGAUAAUGCUGGUGAAAACUGGAAAGGAUUUCUGAAGGAAAGUCUAGAUGCUCUUGGUCUGCCGCAACCAGAGUAUAAUUUUGCAAAUAAAAAAAAAGACAUUGGUGAAGAAGUCGAGGGAGCCACUCCUAAUGAAGACAAUUCAGAAAAAUCUGCUACAAAGAUAAUUACCAAGAAUGAUAGCCUUCAAGCAAUGAACAGUGACAGUGUGGUCUUGGAUCUGCCUAAAGCCGACACAGUCAGUGCUGUUGACAAUGAGGAGACAGAACCACUGGACUCCAGUCCUCCAGAGAUGUCCGGUGAAGCCACUGAAGUGAAUUCUUCAGCCAUAGUCUUUUUCGGUGCUGUGACUGUGGCCCUCAACAACCAAGAGGUUGUGUCUGAUGUGUGUGUUCAAGACGAGGAAGCCACUGAAUCAGCUUACAAGAAACUAGCCUGCCAGUUGGGACUGAAUUCACUUGAAGGUAAAAGAGCAGUGCUGGAGCACUUUCAAAGACAUAAUUUCCCACCACCACUGGAAUGCUCAGAUUGCAAAGACAAUAAGUUCUUCUGCAAACUCCUGCUCACUGGUCAUUUCACAUUUUUUGACAAAGAUGGCUCUUCAAAGAAGAAACAGGCAGAACAGCAGGCAGCUAAGAUUGCCCUACAACAUUUGUCAGGACUGUUUGACUGCAGGUUUGAGACCGGAACUGUCAAAAACUACAAAGGGAUUCUGAAGGAACAACUAGAUGCACUCCAUCUCAAAAGCCCUGUGUACACAUGUAGACAAAAAGUUAAACUUACUGCAGCAACCUGCACAACAGUCAUUAGCAAGAAAUUAUGUCUUCAACCAAACAGUCAGGAGCAUCAGGUAACCGAAACACCGGCUCCAGGUCCUCUAAACAAACCUAACAAAUCUCCCAACAUGGAUAAUUCAGCCAUUAACACACUUCUAGCAUUGUUUCAUCUCAAGCCACCAUCUGUAACCGUAGAGGGCGUCAGCACUGAGGUGGUUUUCAGUGGUCGCGUGGACAUAAAGCUGGAGGAAUUCACUUUUCAAAACAACAGCCAUUACACUGCUAAGAAAGAUGCCAUUCGGGAAACCUUUUUAUUGCUUGGGAAUGCUUUGGGAAUUUCUAAAACACAAUUAGAUAAAAACAAUGCUUCCAUGCUGGUGAAAGAGCAUUUUUCAAAGAAGUCUCUUACCCUUCCUAAAGAAGUCUUUGAAGAGAACAAGUGUUCCCUUAAUGAAAUAUCAUACAAUUUAGUCUAUGAUGGAGAAGGUUCCACUGAGGCAGAAGCAAAGCAGGAUGCCCUGCAGAAAGCCCUGGACACACUAAGCUUGCUCUUUGGGUUCAACUCUUUGCCAAAAUGUAGCACAGUUGAGGAAACAGAAGUUCAGAUUAAUUCCUUACUAGAAACAAAAGGCCAAAAAUACCUCAUUUAUUCACCCCAAAGAAACCUAUAUAAAAGCUCAGUUGAGCUCCUGUUCAAAGAUUACACCAUUGUGAGCGAACAAGAAAAGAGGAAAAAGGAAAAUACUAAUAAUCUCAGUAGACGCAUUAUGGGCCUGCUAGCGGUGGAGCCAGACUCGAAUACUUCAUCUUUAAGAAACCGCCUAGAUGAAUGGUUUAAACAGAAGAAUUUGAAGCAGCCUGUGUUUGAGAACACUGAGGAGGCUCAUGGAUCGAAAGUCACAUUUUCUGUCAAAGUUUCCUGCUCAAAUCCAAACUGGGAAGAAAGCAGGAAAGUUGCAGAAGAUAAGUUGGUUGAUGUACUCAGGGAAAGGUUAAGCUAUCUGUCUAAUUAAGGCAGAUUAUUAUGAGAUUUAUGAGAUUUGGUAUAGAAAUUUGUUUGUUCUUGUGUGAGAAAAUCAUUUUCCAAAAUAACAGUUAACUUAAACAUUUCAAUUUUUUUAAAAUUAUUUUCAGUGACCAUCAACUGAAUGGUGAAAGAACGACACACUUAUUUUAAGGCAUCUCUUGUUAAACCUUUCCUUUUGAGACGAUAUUCUUGACCAAUCUGAUCUCUCCAAUUAUUGUCCAAUAUCCAAUUUAUCCUUUAUAAUUAAGAUUGAGAAAAUUCCCAACAGGAAAUCAGUUCUAUUCUAAGAUGGAUGAUGUAUUUCAGACAAGGAUGACAAAUGUUUCCUGAAACAUUUGUAAAGAUUAAUAACUACGUGUAGAACGUAUUUCUACUGUAGAUCGUAAUUCAUUAUUUGCUAAAAAUGCAUGCAUUUCGACCUCAAAAAAAGACAGAGGCCACUAAUUUCUAUACAAAUUAUUUUUAGUGUAAGUUUUGGCCAGAAUAUUUGGACAUAUUUUAUCAGAAAUGUUAGCUAUUCAAUACUGAAUGAUUUUAUAUUAAACUGUUGUAAAAAAAAAAGCUAAAUCACAUAAGUGGCUAUCAGCACUGAUCACAAGCCAGUAUUCAGUACAUGAUCGCCAUGAUGGUGAGGUUACCUUUAUACAACAUUUUUAUUAGUAGGAUUUUGAUUCAUUUUAAGUAUCUGACAUUAAGCCACAGCUAGAGAGUGUGGGGUUUGAAUGACUGACUGCUAACAGAUUCUAUGUAACUUAGACUGUUAUUGCAAAAACUGUUCGCAGUGCAGUUAUAUUAAGUAUAAACUCUAUCGGAACACCAUGGUCAGAACAGAGAUGCUCUAGAGCAGGGGUCACCAACGCGGUGCCCGCGGGCACCUGGUCACCCGCAAGGAGCACUUAAGGUGCUCGCGAGGCAUGUUCUAAAAAUAGCACUGGUCAAAAUAUAGUUCCGUUUAAAAAAAAUUUCAAUGGGACAAUGGUGAGCAGAAUGCAGUGCCAGGCUUCCCACUAGCAGACAUUUACAGACAAAGAAGAGAUAACAUGUUCAUUGAAAACACCAUAACAUUAAACUAAAAAUGGUGCACAGAAAUGUGAAAAAUUGUUAAAAAAAAAAGACUAGAUAACUUGUGACUUGAUUAAUGAUUACCUUGACAUUACUUCCUGACUUUCAAAUGUUGGAACAGAUAAACAUAAAUAAAAGUUGCAUGUUUAAAUAUUCCUACCGUCAUUGUUGUAUAAAUCAUUGUUAAUAAUUGUGGGGAAUAAUUAACAUUGACAUGUGAGCAGUCUCUUCACCCUAUUAUUAUUAUUAUUAUUAAAAAGUGAUCUGUGCAAUUUUGCUAUUGAGGAAGUUUGUAUCAAACAGGUAGCCCUUCGUACUACUCAGUUCCCUUGAAGUAGCCCUCAGUCUUAAAAAGGUUGGUGACCCCUGCUCUAGAGGAUUAAUUAGGUUAUUAACACUAAGGAAACUGAACAUAUAGUUCACAAACAUGGCUGAAACUGCAAAGUGCAAUUAGAUAUGUGGACAUGUGGACAUGCAGACAUGCGGUUGUGUUUUGCGGAGUAAAGUCUGGUGUAGCCAUGUUUGUAGUUCACAAUAUGUACUGAAAAAAGUCUGUCGAGUCUGUAGAUUGACUUGACCUUACAGCUGCUUCCCCAAUCAGAUUAGUGGACCAGAACUAUCUGUUGUAUAACAUUAUAAUAUAAUAUAAUAUUCUUUAGUUUGUGAAACUGGGGGCACGGUGGCUUAGUGGUUAGCACGUUCGCCUCACACCUCCAGGGUUGGGGGUUCGAUUUCCGCCUCCGCCUUGUGUGUGUGGAGUUUGCAUGUUCUCCCAGUGCCUCGGGGGUUUCCUCUGGGUUUUCCGGUUUCCUCCCCCGGUCCAAAGACAUGCAUGGUAGAUUGAUUGGCAUCUCUGGAAAAUUGUCCGUAGUGUGUGAUUGCAUGAGUAAAUGAGAGUGUGUGUGUGUGUGCCCUGCGAUGGGUUGGCACUCCGUCCAGGGUGUAUUCUGCCUUGAUGCCCGAUGACGCCUGAGAGACGCCUCCCCAAGACCCGAGGUAGUUCCGAUAAGCGGUAGAAGAUGAGUGAUUGAGUGAGUGAGAGUUUGUGAAACUCUAUUAUUUAUAAAUACAUACUUAGUUGUUAAAGAAAGGAGAGGAGAUAAUCUGAUUGGAUAUCUCAGCACUCGGUACAACUGCAUCAUUAAUAGAGUCAUUCAUUCAGUUUUACUGCUUUUCUAUGUACUUAUGUGCUUCACUGCACAAUGUUAUCGUCUGAUUCAGUGGUCAGAAACAUGACGGUAAUAUUUAGUUUGUUUAUCUCAUGUCUUAUUCAUGCAUAUGCAUCGCCCGUAGUCUUUUAUGAGUCAUGAGAAGAGAAGGAGGGGGGAGGCCAGGCCUACUAACUGAAAAUCUUUUGAUGCUUUGUUAAAGGAGUGGAGGUGUCAGAAACACUUUCCUGGUACAGUGGGAUCAUUUUUAUGCUCAUUUUGUUAUUUCUUUUGUUUGAAAAAUCCACGAAAUAGUUAAAUUCAAUUUAAUUUAUUUCUAUAGCGCUUUUAACAAUUCACAUAGUCUCAAAGCAGCUUUACAGAAGUAUGGAAAGAGAAAAGAAAAAUUAAGUUACUAUAAUAAAAAGUCACACUGCAUUUUUUUUUACUGUUUAUUUACUGUAACCAAGAACCUUAUCUAAGAAAGAUGCAUGGAUGCACUUUCGUUUUAAUUAUUAAAAUGUACACCGAUCAGCUGAAACGUUAACCACUGAGAAUAAACCACAUUGAUUAUCUCCUUGCAGCAAGUGAAAAGACAGUUCUGGAAUUUGAUGUGAAAAAAUAAAAGCAAGUGUAAGGAUCUGAGUGACUUUCACAUGGGCGAGAUUGUGAUGGCUGGGUGACUUGUGGGGUUUUCCUGGUAUGCCUACCAAAAAUAGCCCUAGAAAAGAUGAACUGGAGACAUGGUCAUGGAUGCACAAGGCUCAUUGAUGUGGGGAGUGAUGGCUAGCCCGUCUAGUCCGAUCCCACAAAAGAGCUACUGUAGUUCAAAUUGCUGAAAAAGUUAACACUGGAUAUGAUAGAAAAGAGUCAGAACACACAGAAAAUCAGAGCUUCCUGUGUUUUGGGCUGCAUAGCCACAGACCAGUCAGUUUGCCCAUGCUGACUCCUUUCCCUUGCUGAAAACACUUAUAGGCACGUGACUUUUAGAGGUCUUGUGGGUGUCUUGUGGAGUUCACGACUCCACCUGUCAGAUCUAGUGGCACAAAACAGGAAGACCUGCGCAGGUGGUUUUAAUGUUAUGGCUGAUUUGUGUGCAUUGCUGUAGGGAAUCGUUAUUAUUUAUGUGUAACAGGCUUGAUAUGACCAUAAUACUGAGUGUGUUGUAUUAUAUUCUAAUUGAAUUUACUGUAUUGGGUUUUAUUUUCUUUCAGGGUGUUCUUUUUAAAGUCAUUGCCUUUUUUUUUAUCAUUCCUGUACUGUAAUGAUAUUAUUAUCCUUUGACUUUAUAAUUAUUAGUGAAACUACAGUAGCUUUAGCAGUGUACAGUUUGGAUACAGCGAUACGUUCCAGCUGAAAGCAUGUAGCUGGAAUAAAAGUACAGUUCCGCACAUGUUUCUUACCACAACUUAAAAAAAAAAAAAAAAGCUAUAGAGACCAAAUGCACAGGAAGCAGCAUCUGUGUUUACAACAAAAAAUGUGAGAACCGUUUGAAAUGUAGAUUGUCUUCCAAAUGAUUUAUCAAAACUAGCAAGACACAAGAAAAGGAGGUAGUAAGUUUGAUAAGAUUCUCUAAAAUAAUCUUGGUAAGAUGAUUCUAUUGGACCACCAUGUACCGUUACAAAUGCACGGACAGUCCGGUCUUUACUGUACACUACUGAACACUCUUUUAAUCACCUUUUUUUUUUUUUUUCCAGCUCUUGGUACCAUUUUAUAAUUAUUAUAUUUUUAAACAAUUUUAUCUGAGAAUGUCUCAUUUCAUUUUAGUAUUUUAAUAUGUUCCAAUCUUACACUGAAAAGCACUUUGUAAACUUGUUUAAAAAAGUAAAAUUGAAGAUGAUGAUGAUGAUGAUGGUGAUGCUGUAUAUUAUUAUUAUUAUUAUUAUUAUUAUUAUUAUUAUUAUUAUUAUUAUUAUUAUUAUUAUUAUUAUUAUUCAGUCUUCAUUAUACUUAUGAAGUUUCCCAGUGAGUAGUGCACAUUCACUUUGGUCAACAUCAGUUAUUUCCUGUGGAAGAUCUGUGCACUUUGCCCGUUUAUUUUCAGAACCACACGACAUCAAAAAAGAGUGAGCAGUUUCGGUUUUGAUUAGCUUGACGUUGUGGCAUGUGGGUUAAAUGUGUUCAAGUGUGUGUCACUUGUUGAUGCAGAAAUGUUUCAACACUUCUGCUGUAUAUUAUUAUUAUUAUUAUUAUUAUUAUUAUUAUUAUUGUUGUUGUUGUUGUUGUUGUUGUUGCUGUUGGUGGUGGUGGUAUUUCAUGACAUAACAGGUAAAUAAAAAUUCAACAUUAAAACAUA